AUGGAAGGUUCAGAGCCUCAACAAAAGGCAGGUGCAGUUCCUGCAGGUUUACAAGGAUUUCAAACUCUUUUCUCCGCAUACGAUCCUCAGAACACUGGCAGAAUUGACAAAGAAGCCAUCACUGAAGCUGUCAGCUCAAUUGAGAUCCCAGCCGAAGCCCAGAAAAUUCUUACUAAAGUAGAAGAGCACAAAAGCGACAAAAUUGACUUUGAGUCCUUUGUCAACAUUUUCAAAGGAGUUGGGGUGUCUGACGAAGUCAGACAGAAGCUGAUCCACAACGCAGGAAAAGUCACCAACGUGAUGCAAGGUAAUGUAGGCUACCAUUCCUACUCAGCUGAUGAGAAGUCUGCAUUCGUGAACGUGGUCAACCACCACCUCAGAAACGACGCUGACUUGGCCAGCAUUCUUCCGCUGAACCCUGAUAAUAACGACCUCUUUGACCACUGCGCGACUGGUAUUUUGCUUUGCAAGCUUAUUAAUGCUGCAGUUCCAGGGACUAUUUUUGAAAGGGCCAUCAAUGUGAGGCAGAAUCUGAAUGUCUUCCAGAUCAAAGAAAACUUGAACUUGGCCAUUAACGCUGCGAAGUCGAUCGGCUGCACUGUGGUCUCGAUUUUCCCUGAGUCCAUCAUGGAGAAAAAGGAGCAUUUAGUGCUAGGAUUAGUCUGGCAGAUUAUUAAAAUCCUUACUUUGAGCCCAAUCAACUUAAAAGCACAUCCAGAGCUUGUAAAAUUGGUAGAAGAAGGCGAAGAGCUCAGUGAUUUGCUUAAACUGCAACCCGAUGUAAUACUGUUAAGAUGGGUUAACUACCAUUUGAAAAACUCAGGCUCUCCUAAAAGGAUUAAUAAUUUUGGCAAUGACGUCAAAGACUCUGAAGCUUAUACCUUGCUGCUUCAUCAGAUUGAUCCAGCUCAAUGUGACUUGUCUCCUUUACAAGAUGGCGACUUGUUGUCCAGAGCUGAAAAAGUAAUAGUUAACUCAAGAAAGCUUGGAGUUGAUACUUUUACAUCCGCACGUGACAUUAUCAGUGGAAACGCCAAGCUAAACAUCAUUUUUGCAGCUGCCAUUUUCAAUACCAACCCAGGCCUCUAUGCAACUGAGCAAGAACUUUAUGAGGCAGCAGGACUCAUUAAUGAUGACGUAGAAGGCACCAGAGAAGAAAGAGCUUUCCGUAUGUGGAUCAAUUCUUUAAACAUUGAAGGACUCUAUGUCAACAAUCUUUACGAAGAUGUCAAAGAUGGUCUCGUUCUUAUUAAAGUUAUCGACAAAAUCGAGCCUGGCCUUGUGAACUGGAAAAAAGUGGAGCUCAAGACUAACAACCGCUUUAAGAAAAUUGCGAACUGUAAUUAUUUAAUUGAACUUGGCCGAGCUUUACAUUUCACACUGAUUGGGAUUGGAGGGUCAGAUUUCACUGAUGGACAAAAGAAGCUGAUUCUUGGGUAUGUCUGGCAACUGGUAAGACAUGCCACUUUGAAGCUGGUUGGGAAUAUGACUGAAGAAUCUAUGAUGAAAUGGGCCAAUUCAAGAGUCAAUACUCAUGCUGCCUCAUAUAAGGACAAGUCAAUAGCAAAUGGAAGAUUUCUAAUUGAACUUUUCAGCUCAAUUGAGCCUAGAGCGAUCAACUGGGAUUUAAUAACACCUGGAGAAGACCCAGAAGGCAGAGAACAAAACGCGAAAUAUAUUUUGUCAGUCGCAAGAAAGCUCGGAUCAAGCAUUUUCUGCACCUGGGAAGACAUCGUUGAGGUCAAUCCUAAGAUGAUUAUGACACUAGUGGCGACAACUUAUAGCUUGGCAGGAAUUUACAAUAGAGAAACCAGGGAAGAGGUGAAAUCUGAAUAA